CACCAACACCGUUUUCCGGUGGCCAACCAAAGUGACACGCGGCUGAUUAUUUGACAGUCGAGGUUUCAAUCCUCUGCCACGAUGUGGUCCUUCUUCUCCCGAGACCCAGUCAAGGAUUUCAAUUAUGAUGUUGGUGAACCUGUCAGUGUUUUAAAUGGAAAAUCACUUUGGACACUUCAUCCUGGGAAAAAGAAGGUCAAUGGUGAUGCUGUUUCCAUUUUUGCUUUUGAUGUGAAAAGUGCUGACAGUAGCCAGCUCCAAACGGCUCAGGCUGCCUUUAAAAGACUAAAAACUCUUCGACAUCCAAACAUACUCUCUUACCUGGAUGGCUUAGAGUCUGAUCGUAUAAUCUACAUUGUGACCGAAUCAGUUGUCCCCCUUUGUUCCUAUCUCACUGAGGACAAUAAAGAAGGCAGCUGCAACGAACUUGCCAUCUCCUGGGGACUUCAUCAAGUUGCGAAAGGUGUUGCUUUCUUAAACAACGACUGCAGUUUCAUCCACAACAACAUUAAUUUAUGGUCAGUGUUUGUUGACCUGGCCGGAGAAUGGAAGAUUGGUGGAGUAGAUUAUUUAUAUUCAGCCAGCGGUCAACCAACGGUGAAAGUUUUACCAACAUUGAAGAUGUACGACCCACCAGAAGCAACUGGAGGUCACGUCUGGUCUAUUGAUAUGUGGGGUUUAGGCUGUUUGAUAUGGGAGGUGUUCAAUGGACCCCUGCCUCGGUCCUCAGCCCUAAAGUCCCUCGGAAAGAUUCCAAAGAAUUUAGCACGGAACUAUUGUCAAUUAGUCAGUGCCAAUCCCAAAAGUCGACCAAAUCCUUCAGCUUUCCUCCAGGACUGCCAAGAGAAUGGCAAUUUUAUGGACAAUAGUUUUGUGAAGACAAUUAUGUUCCUUGAAGAAAUUCAAAUCCAAGACCAAGCAGCAAAAAAUAAAUUCUUCAGCAACCUGACUCCUGCCAUAGAUUCCUUUCCUCAACAUUUCUGUAAACACAAGAUUCUACCACAAUUAUUAGAUGCUUUCCAAUAUGGUAAUGCUGGUUCUGCAGUAUUGGCACCGCUUUUCAAGGUGGGCAAACUUCUCCAGUCUGAAGAAUACCAGAAAAAAAUAGUUCCCUGUGUUAUAAAGUUGUUUUCUUCCCCAGAUCGUGCUACUCGUGUCAAACUUCUUCAACAGAUUGAAUUUUUUGUUGAACAUCUUCAAACUCCGACAGUUAACGACCAGAUAUUUCCACAUGUUAUCCAAGGAUUCAUGGAUACAAAUCCAGUUGUGCGGGAAAGUACCAUUAAGGCAAUGCUUCACCUUGCUCCUAAAUUAAACUACAAGAACCUUAACGAAGAACUAAUGAAACAUUUUGCCCGUCUUCAGUCGAAAGAUGACCAAGGUGGAAUCAGAACUAAUACUACUGUGUGCCUUGGUAAAAUUGCUGGUUACCUUAAUCCCCAGAUCCGACAAAAGAUUAUUUGCUCUGCCUUUCUCCGUGCUCUCAAAGAUCCGUUCCCUCCAGCUCGACAAGCUGGAAUAUUAGCCAUGGCAGCCACUCAGAAUUAUUACAGUCUGUCUGAGAUAGCAAUGAGAUUAAUACCUGCUCUCUCAGUCUUGACAUUGGAUUCCAGUAAAUCGGUCCGGGAUCAAAGUUUCAAAGCAAUUAAUGGUUUUCUCAGCAAAUUAGAAAAAGUAUCGGAAAAUCCAGAAUUACGUGAAGAAAUGGAGAAAGACGUCACAGCCGGUGGCUCCAAAGCUGGAGACAUCUCAAGCUGGGCCGGAUGGGCUGUUAUUGGGAUGACAUCCCUUACAUCGAAACUUUACCGUGGUGCUACUACCACUACCACCACUACUACUACUACUCCUACUGUGAACACUAGUCCAACCUCAACUCCAACCGAUGGACAACCGCCCGUGAGAGCAAAAGAGUCUCAGGAGCGAGAUUCUGUUCCUUCCAAACCAGAAACACCAAAAAGCAAUGAAGGUUGGGAGUCUGAAGGCUGGAAUGAAAUGGAAUUAAAUCUCGAUGACAAACCCAAGAACUCGUCCAAUGUCCAAAAUGUGGCAGCAGGAGAGAAGAAAGAGUUUGACGGCUGGGAAGAUGAUGAAAACUGGGGAAGUCUUGAAGAUGCUCUGGAGGCCAGCUGUUUGGAAACCCCCAGCAACACUGAGGGCUGGGGUGACUGGGGAGAUGACGAGUUUUCUCCCACUUUAGAUACUCCGGGGCUCCAACCAGCCAGUUCUUAUGCCUGGGACGAGAACCAAAGCGAAGCAGAUUUCUUCACAUCUCUGACAAAUGUCAAGAAAAAGACUACCAAACCAAAUGUUAGUGGUGGUAAGUCACCAGAGGCACCAAGUGAAGACAUCGGAAGUAAACCAUCUAAACCUGAGAGUUGGCAAGGAGAUGGUUGGGACAAUACUGAAGACUGGGAUGUCACAGGUUCAAAUAAAGGUUCACUCAACGAGAAUGAAAGGAAGAGGAGAGAGCGAGAGGAGCGUAAACUUCAAAGACAGAAAGAACUCCAAGAGAAACGAGAAUUACGUAAGACGGCUGGUGCCUUGAAACUAGGUGUGAAGAAACUGAAUUUGGAUUGAAGAUUAUGGUCCAGGAAGAAUACAGGAAUGGAUCAACAGAUUGACAAAACAAAUGGUCUGAAUAUAUUUGUAUUUGGAUGGAAAUAUAUACACACGCACACACAUAUAUAUACGUAUACAUAAAUGUGUGUGUGUAAUGCUUAUACAUACACGACUUAUAUAAAACAUGAUAACAAGGUGGACCAUUUGAUGAAACUGGGUGUCAGUAUCUUUGCCUCUUUAUGGAAUUAUGUGUGUGUGUGUGUGCGUGUGUGAGAGAGAGUGAAGACAGUUCCAGACUGACCCACAAAUUCCAUUUUAAAUUGUCUUUGGUGAAUGAUAAAGUAUUGGGAAGGAAGUCAAUCAGAAGGAAAUCAUUUCCUUUUAAGGACUUCUUUGAUUAUUUAUAAAAUUUUAAAUGCAAUUUAUUCUGCAAAAGAAAGAAUUCAUCAUCAUCAUCAUCAUCAUCCUCAUCAUUUUACAUUUUCUUUUCCAUGAUGGCAUGGUUGGACACAUCAUUACAGUCAGAAUGAGUUCUUAUUUGGGGUUACUCCCCUCCUACACAUGUUGGGGCUCUCUCUCUUGUUUAUAGUACCCUCCCUAUUGCCAAAUCACUUUACAGAGUUGAUGGUUGGUGUUAGGAAGAGCAUCCAGCUACUGUAGAAACCUUGCCAAAUCUGGUCGGAAGCUGGUGCAGCUCCGUGGCUUACCAGUUUUCAAACUGUCCAACCCAUGCCAGCAUGGAAAGCGGAUGUUAACUGAUGAUGUCUCUAUAUCACCAUCAUCAUCGGUUUUAUAGCCCCUUUCUAUGCUGGCAUUGGAUGGAGAGAUCAUCCGUGUCUGAUUCAGUUGCCAUUUCAACUCUCCGCCCUCUUGCAUGGGUUCGGAACCACAUCUUGCUCGUACUUUCCAUUUUCAACACGAUUCCUGUGACUGGGUACGUUUCCUAACACCCAGUGUACAAAAGAGACUCUACAGGGUUCAUCAUUUCGUUGUGGCACCAGCACCAGAGAGGUUGUCUUGUCUCCAGCAAGAGCAAAGAAUUAGCUCUGCACAGCGCUCUCUCCCCUUCUCUCUCUCUCUCCCUCUCCCUCUCAUUCAUACAUGCUCUACACACACACUCACACAUACACACUCGGGUGUGUUUUCAAACAAAACAAACUUGCACUCAACAUAUUUGAUUGGUGUUACACUUAUUACACAACAGUUUGACUCAGCACCACACUACUUAAAGUUUUAUGGUCAUAGAUCACAGCCACAGCAUCAGACGUUUGUAAACAGAGAGAAAAGAAUGAAAAGGUUUUCAAUGGUUUCUGUGAGGGGAGAGCAUUUUAGAUUUCUAUUGGUCAAUUCAGGUCAUGUGGUUGUUUUUGCUAUUUUAGUGACGUCAGACAUUUUCUUGAUAAGUCCAUAUGGUGGAGCAGAAAAGAGGCUGGUUGGUAUUCUUCAGGCUUUGAUAUUUUAGGAGCAUCAGUUCUUUACAUUGGGUACAAAAAGUUGUAGGACAAAACAUCUGUUGGCAUCAGUUUGUCAUUAUUCUGUAGGGUGCAUUAUUUCUUAUUUCUUUAUUGCCCACAAGGGGCUAAACAUAGAGGGGACAAAGACAUUAAGUCGAUUAGAUCAACCCCAGUACGUAACUGGUA